UUCACUUUCUUCUGCCUGGUCAUAAUUAUUGUUCUAUUCCUUUGGCAGUUAGUGUACUUAAUUACGCGAGAAGAGAAUAUUAGUGAAGUCAAUUUAAAAAUUUCUGAACCUAAAGUGAUAUUGCUGUAUGAAGUUCCAAAAUGGAUGGAAAGGAUUCCUGUGACGAAUUUGGACGUUGAUUGUGUCAUAACUGCAGAUAAGAACUAUUUUAGUGAUAUAAAGAAAUACGAUGCUUUGGUUUUUAGUGGAUCAGACAAUUGGUCAGUUAACGAAGUGUUCCCAACUGAGAGAUCUCCAUAUCAGUAUUAUGUGUUUGCUGAUCUUGAGAGUCCUUUCUUUACUAAGCAUAAGUUCCUUAAUAUCUCCGCUGAAAUUUACAAUCUCACAAUGACGUACCGAAGGGAUUCGGACAUUUACUGGCCAUAUGGAUUUAUUAGUGAUAAACACGUAUCCUACAUUAGUGAUCUUCAGGCUCCAAUCUGGAAAUUACCCUCAUUCGAAAAUGACUUCAAUACUGAACUUUACCACAAAGUUAGAACAAAGACAAAAAUCGCAGCAUGGUUUGUGUCCAAUUGCAAUGCAACAUCGGGAAGAAAUGACCUAGUAGAAGUCAUGAAAACACAUAUUGAUAUUGACAUCUACGGAAAAUGUGGAACACUUCAAUGUGACAAAAAUAAUCAAAGCGACUGCUACAAGCUCGUUGAGGAAAGGUACUAUUUUUACCUCUCUUUCGAGAAUUCCCUCUGCAAGGACUACCUCACAGAGAAAGUUUUCGAUAUCAUGAAAUACUACAUAGUUCCUGUAGUUUAUGGUGGAGCAAACUACUCCAAUUAUCUCCCAUCCCAUUCUUACAUUAAUGCCAAUGAUUUCGAAAGUGCAACAAAAUUAGCAAUCUAUCUUAAAAAUAUCGUUGCCAACAUCGGUGACUACAACAAAUAUUUUUGGUGGAAGAAACACUACAAAUAUGUAUCUACCCAAAAGACCUACAACAAUCUCUGCAAGAAACUUCAUGAAUCCUCUCCUGAUAAAUUUGGACAAUUCAUACGAUCAUACGAGAAUAUGAAUUCCUGGUUAGUUGAUGGACAAUGUACAACAGAACCAAAAAUACAAAUGAAUUAAUUGUAAAACCUAAUAAAAUAAUGAAUCUAAUAGGGUAAUGUGGUGUAUUUCGAAACACUUUUUAGCACUUUCGAGUUUCAAGCGCCUAAUUAAACUAAAUUUAAUAAAAUGUUGUAAUAUUUUUUUC